AUGAAUACAUUUUCUGGUCCUGUUGCAGAUUCAAUGGAUAAGACAUGGGUUAAGCUACAUAGGAAAAGCACCGAGUAUAAGGUCGGACUUCAAAAUUUCAUCCGAAACUCCCUCAUUGUGGCUUCCCACGAGGGCAAGAUUAAAUGCCCUUGUCAAUUAUGUGCUAAUCGUUCUUGGCGGAGCCCUGGUUUGGUGUACAAACACUUGCAAGCUGAGAAAAUGUCUCCAGACUAUGAAGAUGGAUUGUGGGAUGAACAUGGUGAAGCUUUACCCAAUCCCGUAUUCUUGGAUGAAAUCGAAGAUGAAAUCGAGGACCAACCUGAGGUCAAUCUAGACAUGAAUGAUAUGUUGACAGAUGCAUUUGCAAAUAACAGUCCACCUGGUUCACCCUACAUUGGAGAUGAUGGUGCAACCAUGAACACUGCACCUCCAGAAGUACAAAGAUUUUACAACUUGAUAAAUGAGGCUAAUGUUGAUUUGUAUCCCGGUUCAACAAAGAUGAAAAAAUUGGAGUAUCUAGUGCGCUUGUAUCAAAUCAAGUGUUUGGGAGGAAUCUCUGACAAGGCUCUUUCACUGCUACUGAAAUUGACCAAGUCAAUACUUCCAGAUGGUGAGACACUACCAGACAGUUUCUACAAAGCCAAAAGGUCAAUCUGUGAUCUUGGAUUAAGUUAUGAAAAAAUUGAUGCUUGCCCCAAUGAUUGCAUGAUAUAUUGGAAAGAUACUGCCAAUCUUGAUAAGUGUCAUACUUGUGGUACAAGUAGGUACUUGUAUGAGACCAUUGAAGAUGGCAUAACGACAAGAAAAGUUUCUGCAAAGGUUUUAAGAUAUUUUCCUGUGACACCGCGUCUUCAGCGUCUAUUUAUGUCAAGAUGUACCUCUAAUCACAUGACAUGGCAUGCAACUGAUCGACCCAUAGAUGGAAGAAUGAGGCAUCCUGCUGAUUCACCUGCUUGGAAAGAAUUGGACAGAUUGUAUCCCUCAUUUGCACAAGAAGUGCGUAAUGUCAGGUUAGGCUUAGCAAGUGAUGGUUUUAAUCCAUUCGGUAAUAUGAGUUCAGCUCACAGUAUUUGGCCCGUUGUUUUAACAGUUUACAAUCUCCCCCCAUGGCUUUGUAUGAAGCAACCAUACAUGCUUUUAUCACUUGUGAUUCCAAGUCCCAAAGCUCCAGGGAAUGACAUUGAUGUGUUCUUGGCUCCCUUGAUUGAUGAACUAAAGUCCUUGUGGGAUGUUGGAGCUGCCACAUAUGAUGUGAUUUCAAAACAAAGUUUCACUAUGAGGGCGGCACUAUUAUGGACUAUAAAUGAUUUUCCGGCAUAUGCUAAUCUAUCUGGGUGGAGUACUAAGGGUAAGAUGGCUUGUCCUCAUUGUGGUGAUUACACCGAUUGUUUAAGGUUAUACUAUGGGAAAAAGUUCUGCUACAUGGGACAUCGUCGAUUUCUUCCAAUCAGCCAUCGGUUCCGCAGCCAAAAACGACCUUUUAAUGGAAAACAGGAACAUAGACCCCAUCCUAUACCAAUGACUGGUUUGGAGUGUCUCUUUCAGUUGUCUACACUACAAUUCAAGUUUGGAAAAGCUACUGCUAAACCUCCUCGGAGACGUAAAGGGGAUGCACCACCAUACAACGGACCUUGGAAAAAGGAGAGCAUUUUUUUCCAAUUGCCAUAUUGGAAGGACUUACUCAUUCGACACAACUUAGAUGUGAUGCAUAUUGAGAAAAACAUAUGUGAUGCUGUUCUUGGAACUUUGUUAGGAAUUGAUGGCAAGAACAAGGAUAGUAUCAAGGCACGUGCUGACUUGGAACGAUUGAAUAUAUGGCCAAAACUGCAUCCAGAACGGCGAGCCGGAAAAACAUUUUGCCCUCCAGCUAUAUUUACAUUGUCUAAUGAUGAAAAGACUAUGAUGUGCGAAGUGUUUGCAUCCUUCAGGCCUCCUGACAGUUUCUCAUCUUACAUAGCUGAUUGCGUCCAAGUAAAAGAAAAGAAAUUGGUUGGCCUGAAAAGUCAUGACUGCCACAUUAUCUUGCACCACCUGCUGCCUCUUGCUAUUCGACGAGUUCUUCCAAGACCUUUGUGUAUGGUGUUGCUGGAAUUAAGUUCAUUUUUUCGACACUUAGGUGUAAACAAUUCUACAAGCGAGUCAUUUUCACAAUUGACACCACGCAUAGUCCUUGUUCUUUGCCAGCUAGAGAAAAUGUUUCCACCUUCUUUCUUUGACAUUAUGGUCCAUUUACCAAUCCACUUAGCAUAUGAAGCUGCAAUUGCUGGCCCUGUUCACUUUCGAACGAUGUGGCCUGUAGAGAGGAACUUGGGAACACUUAAGAGGUAUGUGCGUAACAAAAAUCGACCUGAGGGUUCGAUUGCUGAAGGGUACAUUGCUGAUGAGGCCAUGUCGUUUUGUUCCAUGUACUUGGAAGAUUCAGUUACACGCCGGACCAAUCUUGGACGAAAUGCUGAUGCGGAACAUCGAGAUGUGUCUGGUGGUUAUUCAAUUUUCCUUAAUAUUGGUCAUGCUAUUGGAGGUUCGGGUAAAGAAGUGCAUAUGGAUUAUAACGAGUGGCUUCGCGUACAUAGAUAUGUUCUACUUAAUUGUCCAGAGAUCAAACCAUUCGUAGAUCAACACAUCGAAGAGGGAAGGAGAAGAAAGGGUCGAAAGAGGAUGUGGGAAGCUGACCAAGAAUCGUAUAGAACUUUUCCAGACUGGUUUGCAAAACAAGUGAAGGCUAUGCAAAUGGAUCCUGCAACAGUAGUCCACCCAGAUAUGGUUGCUUUGGCCAACGGUCCAGUCAAUUGGUGUAUUAAGCACAACAAUUAUGUGAUUAAUGGUUAUAGAUUUCGAAUUAAUAGGAUUGAUAAGAAAAAAAAAAAUCAAAACAGUGGCGUGUUUGUCCGUGCAACAAGAAAUAGUUAUGCAAGUAGGCAAGAUAGAAAUCCAAGAGAUGGAGAGCUGGACUAUUACGGGGUGCUAAAUGAUGUCAUUGAGCUUAAUUAUGAGGAGGUAGGCAAGAUUGUCUUGUUUGAAUGUGAUUGGUGCAAUAGUGAGGGCAAUUCUACAGGAUUGCAGAUAGAUGAAUAUGGUUUUGUAUCAGUAAACUUUACAAAGCUCAUAUCUGAUGGGGACACUCUCAUACUUGCCUCACAAGCUGAACAAGACUGA